AUGGCACGCACCGCAGCAGACAAAUAUUCCCCUCCUAUUGCUAUAAUUGGCGGCGGACCCUGUGGACUUGUCCUCGCGCGUCUGCUUGAGCAGAAUGACAUCGAUUAUGUCGUUUACGAGCGAGAUGCGAAUUCUACCCCGACGCCCAUGUACCAAGGCGGCACCCUAGACCUUCAUCCCCCUUCUGGUCAACAAGCUCUAAAAGACGCCGGGCUCUUCGAAAAGUUCAAGAAGCUCGCUCGCUUUGACGCCACGAGAUUUGUCAUCCAGAACACGACCUGCACCCUCAAGCAGGACUUCGGAGAAGGGCGAGAUGCUCCCGAAAUCGACCGCUAUCAACUGCGACAAAUGCUUCUCGACUCUAUUCCUUCCCACAAGGUGCACUGGAAUCAUGCGGUUCAGGGGAUUGAGAUGGGUACUAAUGGUUGGUUGAUCCGCUUCGUUAAUGGCUCAACGGCGUCUGGGUUCCAACUGAUCGUUGGAGCGGAUGGUGCUUGGAGCAAAGUUCGUGCAGUGUUAACUUCCGCCAAACCGGAGUACUCUGGCAAGAUGUUCAUCGAGGGCCGCAUCAGUCACAAGAACCCUAGCUAUGCAGCGGCAGUAGAAACGUCCGGUCCUGGAAACAUGAUGGCCAUUGGUCAUGGUCGAUCACUCGGUGUUCAGCAGGUGUCCGACAAGUCAUACCGCUUGUACCUGGGAAUGAAGGCUGCGGAAGAUAUUACUCGGAACACUCUCCAAUUGGCCGACACAGAGGGAAGCCGAGAGACGCUGUUGAAUAGUCCUGAGUUCUUCGGCGAUUUCGCGCCUGAGUUGAAGCAGUUCAUAUCCGAUGCGGAAGGCCCCUUUCGACCGUGGCCACUUUACCGCAUGCCCGUCUCCUCAAUGAGCUGGGCUCCGGUCCCAGGCGUUACCCUCAUCGGCGACGCUGCCCACGUUUCAACUCCGUUCGUGGGCGAAGGUGUCAACAUGGCGAUGUUCGAUGCACUCAAGCUCAUGAACAGCAUCAAAAAGCAUUGUGGAGGAGGCAUUUACGGUCAGCUCAAGGAUUGCUCUGGCAUUGAGACAGCCGUGGCAGAGUAUGAGAAUGACAUGUUCCCACGCGCACAGAGAUUCAUCUCGCGAUGCAUCGCCAGCGAGGGCAUAUUCUUUGCCGAGGACGCGGCGGCAGAGUUUAUCGACGUCAUUACAAACGAGGGCAAGCAGAAAGAGGUAUUCGGAGACAAGCUUGGACACAUGGAUGUUUAA